GGAAACUUACCAUUGGAGUUUAAGGAAGGUGGGACUCUCCUUGGAAGGUUUUGGAGGGGAAUUCGAAAUUGGGAAGAUUGCUUUUGAAGGGGAAGGCUAAAAAAAAAGGAAAAGAAGAAAAGAAGAAGGGAAAGAGGAGAAUUUUCCUUUCGGGAACAGAUUUAGGAUUUGGGAGGUGAUAUAUAUAUGUGAGAGAGGAUACAAGGAAAGAAGGGGGCAGAAAAUUUUUCGGGGAGAAGAACAGAGGAAACGGAAAAGAACAAUUGCAACCAAGGCUGUCCAGGUAUGCUUCUCAUUACUCUUGGAAUUCUUACCCAUUUUUUUUUUGUGUGUUCGUUUCUGAAUAUUCUUACAUUGUUGAUUGGUGUGGACGGAAAGGCCACAAAUUUGUUGUGUUGAGGUCGGUUCCUGAUAUUUACUAUACUCUCAUUCGCAUUUUGUCCUCUUUGAUUCUCUUGCUGAUUCCAAAACAUCAUUUGUAUCAGUAUGAAUGCCACGACCACUAACCUGCUUGUUUGCUGAAUUUGAUCGUUUUGAUUUUUCUUCCCCUUUUUGAGCAGUCGGAUUCAUUCUUGAGUCUGGUGUUUGUUGAUCAAAUAUCUCUUUUUUCUUUUAUGCUUGCCUCACCUUUUCAAAGCCCGUUGAUUCGAUAUAUGAAACGUGGCUCUUCCUAGUUCUGUUCUUAUUUUAUUUUGUUUUAUUUUUCUUUUCUUGCUUCUUCUCCUUUGGUACUCUGUUUUCGGUUACCAUUCUCUCUUUCCGAUGCUUGCUUAUGAGAUUCUUCUGAGAACUGCUGGAGUGGGGGAUUUGAACUUGGAAGGAUGAGACAGAAAGAAGAUGCAGGGUUUCUAUGCGAGUUCAUCUGCUGAAACAGAGGACAAUCCUCACUUGUUGCCCAGAUUCUUACCGCGAAGGUCUUGGCCAAUUCAGUCAAGUGAUAUGUGCAGCUCCUCCAGUAGAAAUCUGGGAAAGAUGUGACAAAUUUAGAGGUUAUCCCCUCAGGACCCACGUUGGGAGAAGAUUGUCUUGGCAAACGGAUAUGGGUAUGGCUGAUUUGAGAGCAACUUUUGUUAGGGGUCAGAAGCAUAAACUGAGUGUUUACAUACAUCAGAUGUGUACUUUGAUGAUGUUCAAUAAUGCUCAUCGCUUAAAUGAAAAAGGAACAGGGCAUGGGAGUAUCCCAGACCUACAAGAAGAGGUCCUACCAGUGAUGAAACUGAUGAUUGCUUGAAUGCUUUGAUGAGGAAUUUUGACAUGCUUGCCUCAUGGAGGCGGAAAAGCAGUGAUUCUUCACCUGUCAAGAGUUCUAAAGAUGAAAAUAAUGCUAAUGUUGUUAGAUCAGAGAACUCUUCUCCCUCAACUCUUUCUAAUUAUGGUUACAGUGAGCUAAAGUAUUAUGUGAAUUUGGAAGAAAAGUGGAAAAGAUGGAAAAAUUGGGACAACAGGAUUUGCUCUCAGAAAUGCGUGAGGCAGUAUCCAAUGAGAAUCUUAGAGCAAUAGAUUCUAAUAUGCAAAUAAAAAAAAAACUGAACUCAGAAGAUGCAGCCAGUUUUAAGAGUUAGCGGACAAAUUUUCAAACCUAAAGUGGGUCAAGAGCCGAAUCUGUGGAAUUUAGUUGUUGAUGUGAUGCACAAGGCUAACUAUGCAAGCCGAAUUUGUCAUUUAUGCAGACCUAAUUGUGAAGCCAAAGUUACUGCCAUAGAAGGUCAGUACCAGAUUGGAAUCUACACUGUACAUCAAAUUCAAUAUGGUGAGGAGAUCACCUUUGAUUAUAACUCAGUCACAGAGAGUAAGGAAGAAUACGAGGUUUCUAUUUGUUUAUGUGGCAGUCAGGUUUGUCGAAUGAGCUAUUUGAAUCUAAUAGGUGAAGGGAUAUUUCAAAAGGUAUUGAAAGGGUGUCAUGGAAUUCUAGAUCGGUAUCAAUUGAUGUUGGAGGCUGUUGAAGUAGCAGGUGAAUAUUUAGAGACACACGAACCUAUGACAAUUCAGUCACUUAUGCUAAAUGAGAUAUCAAAUGUGCAUGAUGGCAUGGAAAUUAGUGAUGGAAUUGGCACUUCUAGCGAACAGGUGGAAAGAAUGCCAGAAUUGGUCACCUUAUCUACAGGCUUGCAUGAUGAUCAGCAAUGCCCGGGCAGUCUUGAAAUGUUUGCAAAUCUGCACAGUUCACCAAUUGAGCCUAGGAAUUCUGAUAUAUCUUCAAGAAUGGAUGAUGAGUCCAAUAAUAGUGGGAUGCUCGCAGCUACUAACAUCCGCCCUGGGCGAGAUUCAUGGAGAAAUUUGGAAGUUGAAGACGGGGAAUUGCCACAAGUGCAAAAUGGUACAUUGCAGCAGAGCAGCUCUGUUGAUGCAAAAUUAAUCAAAGAGGGUGCAAUUAGCUCAGUAGAUAACGAAAGAAGGCAAGCUCUACAGACGACACAAGUGGUUAUGAACAUGUUUGAUGCGACUAUGCCUGGUACUCUAACAGAAGAACAUAAGAAGAAGGUCCUGGCUGCCGUAGGCCAAGGAGAAACAGUUAUGUAAACUUUGUGAGAUGCUGUCCCAGAUAAUGUUCAUGGAAAGCUUUCUACUGCUGUCUCUGGAAUUUUGCGUACUUAAGGCACAAAUUUAAACUUUGUGGGUCUUCUGAGGAUUGACCAGAUUCCCAAUGAUUCGUCAGGAUUGAAAUCUAAGAUCCAAGAAGAAAUUGGAAUAACAUCAAGUGAAGGAGGUGGGAUCGAAAGCUAGGCUACAGAUGAAGAGUACAAAGGUAUAGUUCUUGGGGGUUCCGAAGCCGCCAAACACUCGUUAGAGAAAUUGGUGAAAAUAUCAGGUGGAGGUUUUCGCUCUGGUGUAGAUAAUUCUUGUAAUCAUUCACAGAGAAUCAAUGGUCAAAUUAUAAGUGACUCAGAUGAAGGAGAGGACACUGAUGAAGAAGGAGAUGAAAAUGAGUUAUUUGAUUCUACUGCAAUGGUUACUCUCAUCAAAAUAAUAGCAAGUGCAAGUUCUGAUAGUGGCAGUAUCACAAUAACCUCUCCAAAGGGAUCCAAGCUUUUCUUUGAUUGACCCUCCUGCUGGACUGGGAUCUACAAACCAACCUCUAAGACCUACUCCCCAACAAAACUUGUCCAAUCUUUUUACCCCUUUUCUAAUCUUGCAGGCAGACAAACUGGCGAAGAGUUUAAUCUUGAUAUUGCAAAGAGAGUUGUUUGUGAUCUUAAUACUACUGAAGCAUUUCCCAAUGUGUUAGAUCUAAAAUGCAGCCCUGUAGAGCCAAUAUUGAUUUCUGCAGCAGCACCCAGAGGUCAUUCAUUCAGAGGCGCUGAACAAGUGUCGUCACCCAGAUGCUAGGACAUUUAAAGAGACUCUUCGAUCCCUAGUGUUGAAAGAAUCAUUAAUACAAGUCUCAAAUAGUUCUUUUGAAAUGAAAGAUUCACGUUCUUUUGUAUAUAAAGCACUAUCGAAAGAACUUUAUGUUGUCAAAAUAUAUUUGAGAACUUAUAAUGAUCAACCAGACUUUGAGAUCAGUGAACCAGAAGCAGUCUGUGUUGCUCUUCUUGGUUUUGUUUCGUCCUUAGUUCACAAUCAAGGUGCUGCAGUUUCGGAUGACCAGGACAUACUUAAGCUUACCAAAGGCAAUUGUAGAUGCCGGGGGCAUUUUUGAGCUUGGAAAAAUUUUCAUUCAAGAUGACCCACAACCACUUCAUGUUUUGUGGGAAUCAGCUGUACCGGCUCUCUCUAAUGGAUGCAUCAAAUGUUGGACAAAUGACUGAAACGGGUGCCAUUGAUGCUUUGCUGGACCUCCUGAGAUCUCAUCAGUGCGAAGAGCCUGCUGGAAGAUUACUUGAGGCUGUAUUUAACAAUGUGAGAGUACGAGAGGUGAAAGUCCCCAAGUAUGUGACAGCACCUUUAUCACAGUAUCUGUUAGAUCCACAGACCAGAUCACAAUCUGGUAGGCUUCUUGCAGCUCUCGCUCUUGGUGACCUCCCUCAAUAUGAAGGAUUCGCUAGAGCUAGUGGUUUUGUAUCAGCAUGUCGUGCACUGAUAAGCCUGCUUGAAGACCAACCAACAGAAGAAACGAAAUCCAUUACCUAUCAGAAAGACCUGUCUCAAAUCCGUCCAACAGAAGCUGAAUCGGUUGAAACUCGAAUCAUCAUACUUUUCUCCUCUGUUGUGGCUCUCAAGAGGUCUUUAUUUGACACCAGAAGCAAUCCCACUUCUGAAUCUGUAGUUAAGCCCUUUGCUGAGAGAGAAGUGACUUCUUUUGGUUUGAUUGCACACCUUGGAAGUUAGUGUUUGAGCUGGAAAUAUUAACUCCUGAGCUGCCGAGUGUGAAGGAUGAAACCUACAGAUUUACAGAAAACUGGGGGCACUUAUUUAACAGCUUGUGAGAGGAGUAAGCGAUUAUAAGAAUCUGAACUCCUCUUGGAGAUGUUUCUCAGGACCAGAAGCUGCCCCACUUCCAGCUAUAUUUAUUGGUGAAAAUCUUGAGUCACCCAAUUGCCUAUGGAUAGGCAUCCUUGCUUACAGGCAAUCCUGAACAUGGUGUGCAGCUGAAUUAAUAAUCCGUCAUCUGACAAGUCUUGGAGAUAUUCCCUGCUGCUGUUGUGUUCAGAAAGCUCAGAGUGCAUAAAGAAGCUUGCUGAAAGUAUCUCAAACAUGCUACAACAAAACAAUCUGGCAAAAGUUUACCGCUUGAACUUGGAGCGAAGUCUUUGAUGAUCUUGGAAUUUCUCUUCUUCUGACCAUAAACCCUGUAAUCCAGUAUACGAAUUUUGAUCAGCCUCGGAAAAUGCCAGAAGAGGGCAGAAUGCGUUUUUGGGAUUCAAUGCCAGUGUCACAGCCUCAAUCACACCUCCAGGCUCCACCCACAUAAUUGCCACCUUGCCACAUAUCAUACUCCUAAUGUUUCUUUUCCUUUAUUUUGUGAUUUUAUACAUCUUAAAUAUGAAUUUCAAAAUCUUUUUCCAUCAAAAUAACUUUGGUUUUCUUCAAAAUUCCUUAGGAGCUUCUAGGUAUAAAAUCCAAAUUUUAACAUGCUAUUUGCUGCCACUUUCCUUCGGGCAUGCACUAUCUUCUUUGAUUUUUAACUAUUUUCGUGAUUUUCUUGAUUUUCAACAAGCAUGAAUAAACUUCAUGAUUCCAAAUGAUGGAAUUCGUAGAAUCAAUUCAUGCAAAAUUAAUUAGGGCUUUGGUGGGGGCCCGACAUUCAUGAUACUCACUUCAAUACGGUUUGCUUGAUAUGUUGAUUUUUGAUUCUUCUUGAUGAAAUACUUGAAUUCACUUUAUAUUUAUUGUUGAGAUAUUCUUGCUUCCCAUAGACGUGUGGAUGCUCGCUAAUCAGGUACACUCUUCCCACCCUACAACUCUGAAAUUCUAUGAAUAUGUACAUUAUCAUGAGCCAUGACCAUGUUUGAUGCCAUAUUUGAUUGUCUUGAUGCUUGCUUGAUCAUCUUUGAUAAAAUACAUGUAAUGUGUCAUAUUCCCAAACUAAUCUCUUAUGUUUUAUGAUAGCGCUUGAGAAGUCGUUCAGGUAUGCAUUUCGACUCUCUCUUAUGGUUGGUUUUCUUGUUAGGCAUGCAAUAUUUGAAAUCACCUAGCCUACUUAGGUACCUAUAAUUGACUGAUUAAUGGCCACACUUCCCUUAACUUUGUUAGUAGAGACCUCUUUGGGGCUUAGAGGGGUGUUACCUCCUAGAGGUACCUUCCCAAUAAGUAACCUGAUCCCCGGACCUAGACUCGGGUUUUUCAAAGACAUGCUUUUUCCAAAAAUUAUGGAGUCACAUUUUAUGGUUUUUCUUUCUUAUUUUAUUUUCCCUUUAAAAUAAAAAUAAAAUAAGUGGCGACUCCAACUUUUCUAAAAUUAAUUUUUCACAAAUAAAAAGCGAGUCUCGUCGAUCGAGUGGGGGCGCACGUGAAAAAUGCGGGUCCACACCUAUGUGUACAUAUCCUUGCUUCACUCAAAACCUAGAAAAGUUGAACUUCAGUUGAAUCUCCCAUAUUGAUGGCCUAGUGAGCACACAAACAGAGGAUAUUUAAAACAACUUGUUGCUCAAGGGCUUGGCUCAUUGAGUUUUGUUCUAGUGUUUCAAUUAUUUGUGGUUUUUUUUCAGUAGCAAACAACAAAAAUCAGUGUUUGAAUUAAAUUUAAGGUCAAAUUUGGUCCUAACCAUUAUGCAUUGUUGAAUGUUAUCUUAAAAUAGAUCUAAAUAGAAUGUGUUAUGUGGAUCUAGGUUGGAGGUCAAACAAGCAGCAGAAGGAACCCAAGAAGUCCCAGGACUAGGUUAAGCUCGUGUUUAUGGCAUAGAUGAAGUGUGGGGACUGCUUCAAUCUGGAAGCUGAAUUAGAUCUGAAUAAUUUAUUUAUAUAUGACUAUAUGAGUCAGCUAACCAUGGAUUUCUUCUGGUCAACAAAUUAGAUAAUGUGUUAUAUACAUCCAUGAACAUGCCUAACCAAAAUCAGGGCAGUUCAUUAGUUUUGGGGUUCAUAGUAUGUUAAAACUAUAUUUGAUAAUAUUAGAGGUUGGCCAAAAUAUCCCUUUUAUUGUGGUAAUGAUCAAAUAAUCUUGUUGAGAGUGACUGUAAAGGGGGAGAAUUUAGUGAACUGAGCUUUUUAUGCAUGUGUUAGCCUUUUGAUGUGGGUUCUUCUCAUGUCUGAGUGGCUUGGCUCAAUAAGAAAUUAUUGAAAUCAGGUUUACCUUGGCCACGAUUUUGGGUAAUUAUGAAAUGCAUUCUUCUAAACUGGACAUUGGAAGACUGAAUUCUUAGUUGGGACUAAUCCUUCUUGAAUACAAUUUAAAGCUGCUCCUGAAUCUAGGAAGGCAAUAGUUUUAAUGCUAAAUUCAUUGUUAAUCACAAUUGUUAGAGAAACAUUUCAUUUUUGAAAUAUGACCCUGUUUAUAGCAUUGAUGUAUGAGUCUUAUAAUUCUUCAUUAACCUUUGAGGAUUCUGGAAUAUCUUGAUUCUUAUUACUUAAGAUCUUAUUAAUUUGAUCUUGGAGGUUUGUUACAUCUCUGUUGGUGUAUUGUCUUAAUUCUUGGACUCUAACUUAUAGUGCCUUAUUUAUUCUUGAAGAUCUUUAAGUUUGUCAAUUUGUUCACUUGUCAUAGCAAGGGACUAACUAUUUAAUUAGAGAUAGUUCUUUGUGAGAGAAGAAAAAGAAAAAAGAAAGUGAAUAAUCAUGGAAGAAAUUCAGACAUAAUUUGGUUAAAUAUUUCUGUUGGGCAUGACGCUUUGUGUUCUCCUGUCCAAGAGGCUUAACUGCAGCAAUACAUAUUGUGCACCUCCUUUAGGUUCUUCUACUGUCAAGAAAAUGCAUAUUUUGCUCAAAUUUAUUGUUUCUUACAGCACUUGGCUGCAGCGAAACGUAAUGAAGAAAUUGUGAGGUUUCUCAUUCAACACAGAGCCAACACUAACGGCAUAGAUAAUUUUUGAAAAUUCACCUCUUUUUGAGGCUGUCAAGGCUGGGCAUGAUAGCAUUGCUUUGCUUCUCAUCAAGCAUGGCUCAACCUUGAAUUUGGAAGAUGCUGGAUGGUACCUUUGUAAGGCUGUAAUGGAUAGCAACAUUGAUUUGUUAAAGCGUUUGUUGGAGAAUGGAGUUAACCCAAACUCAAGGAACUAUGACCUACAAACACCUCUACAUUUUGCAGCAGCAGAAGGUUUGCACCUUGUGGCAAAUAUCUUGAUCAAAUUUGGAGCAGAUGUUCUAUCCAAAGGUAUUUUUAUUCCCUCCUUCUAUAAUGGGCUCUGUUUGUCUUAAAUCCUACAUUUUAGAAUUUAUUCUGAUGAUUUGGAAAUGAAGGGAGAUCGAAGUUCUAAAGACUACUUGUUGGGAGAAUUGGCAAUUAAAAUUGAGAAGAGAUGGUGCAGUUUACCAACAUUCCAUCAAAUGACAGUUGACAUUGUUUAAAUGUGUGGGUUCUACCAUUUGCUAUCUAAAUGCAUUCAUACAUUUAGUAGUGCUCAGUUUAGCAAUGUUUUACUAAUUAUUCAUGAUAGAAUUAAUGAACCACACUACAGCUUAGGAAUAAGCAGAGAGAAAGAGCAUUAAUAAAGAAUGAAAAUAAUAGAGAAAGAGUCCCAAAUGGAGUCUUAAAUUCUGACAAAUGUAAUGUAAUGGAUGACAAAACAUUCAUAUUUGUUGAGAGAUGGGGCUAUUUUUUUUAAGGACCUGAAGCCUCCUAAGUUACUCCUUAAUGCCAUAUAGCUCCCAAUCUUGAAACCAUCUCGUGAAACCUGGGUUCCAUACAACCUGCCUGCCUACGACCUCCCAAGCAUUCACCAUCCAAACCUCUUUAUUAGAAGCAAAAGAGGAACGGGAGAGAAAAGACUCCUUUAAAGGAGCAUCUCCACACCAAACAUCAUACAAAAAUUUUGUUUUUCUUCCAUUGCCUACAACUUGUUCUUGCCUUAAAGGCUUCCAAACCUCCUCUUAUCGCCUUCCACAAGCCAACACCAAGCCCCCUCCCUUCCUGCAAAAGAGCACCAUCCUCUAGGUUCUCCCCUAAACUUUCCCACUAUAACCAAUCUCCAAAGUAACCCCUCUCCAAAACAAAUCUUCAAUACCAUUUUCCAAGGAAGGCUUUAUUGAGAAAGGACAAGACGUUAAUACCACGUAGCCCCGACAUUAAAUACAUAAUAUGGGCAAACUCAUCAUUCAUUACAUAAAAAUAAAAUAAAAUAAAAUAAAAUUCCCUAGGGGAAUUGCCCCCUUUAAGCUCAACCCCCGGCAUCCCAAGCGGAAACACAAUAAAGCUAAUUCAGGCUUCAUAAUUUGACAGUAUUUUGCAAUUUUAGUGAGAUACCAGAGUGUAUGUGAAAGAAGUCAGUUGAAAUCUGAAAUCAAAUGAAAUGUCUAGACUUCUCUGUUUGUUGAAAUUUAAAACACUGAUAAAUUUGAAAACCUUUACCAUUUUAGCGUUCUUAAUUUCUCAUAUAGGAAUGUUAUAUUUUGAAACACAGGUGGGAGGGAUUUGCUCAUGUUGCACUCCAUUGUUGGAACCAGAACUUGACACCAAUCCCCUACUCUUAUGUUGACCCUUUGUCUGAAAUUCUGAGUGUUAUGUCUGGCUUGGUUGCUGCAAGGCCGCAAUUACCUUCCCAUCAGAUUCCAAAUGCUGGCUUGAUUUGAACCAGAAAACCAUUUUUAGCUAUUUAAUUGAUAAGAUUUAUUGUGAAUCAGGGUUCUUGGAAGCUCUCAGGUUGGUAAAAGCUGUCAUUCAGAAAAAUGAAGCCCUUUCAACUGAUGAGAUGGCUCCAGCUUCUCAAUUGGGAGGGAGAAAUGAUUGAAGAACAAUGUGGGGACAUUCCUUCAGUAGGAUUUGAAAAUUCUUGCUCUAUAUUUAGUCAACACAAAGACAAGGCAAAAGUUGCUUUCAUGCACACCAAGUCAAAAUUCUGGUGUGAGGUGGUGUUUGGGGAUGUAAUAGACAGCUAUGGGAUGGUGCUUGAGAAGUACAAGAAGACCAGAAAGCAAUAUAUGAAUGGGAUGCUUUCACAGCA